ACACCUCUUUUAAAUAAUUUUGAUGACGAUAGCAACUGCUGCUGCGAUUUAUAAACAAUAACAUUUCAAUUUGAAAAGAAUGCCAGAACCGCUAGAAUAUAGAAAUACUACUGCUAAACGCCAUGGACAACUCAUACACUGAAUAGAGAACUGUGUUAUUUGUUACUUGAUUACUGAUUUAAAUUUAAUCAUUAAAUCAAAUUGUUUAGACGUUUAUGAUGCAGUAGACUAGAUGCUCGAUCGAAGAUGUUGGAAACUAAAGUGUUGAAGUUAUUGAAUGGUGAAGCAAUAGACGAGUCUGAAGACCUGUGUGACUUUACUUUGGCUGCCCAAAAUGAAGCUUGUGUGGCUAAAGGCGUAACACCCAUUGGGCCUUCUGAUUACGUACCCAUAAUAAAGAGUACCGUUUCGUACAUUGUAUUAGUGGUUCUGGUUAACAGCGAUGAUGAAGUCCUUAUGAUGCAAGAAGCCAAGAGCUCCUGUGCUGGCCAAUGGUACUUACCCGCUGGCCACGUUGAACCUGGAGAAGAUUUACAUGAAGCAGUAAAAAGAGAAUGCUUAGAAGAGACGGGACUAGAGAUGGAACUCAACACUUUACUGAGUGUCGAAGCUGCAUCUAAAGCAUGGUUUCGUUUUGUUUUGACUGGGACUGUAACUGGCGGUCGUUUAAAAACUCCAGCACAAGCCGACAGCGAAUCUCUACAAGCCAAAUGGAUCAAGGAUAUUUCUGAAGUAAGCUUACGGGCUAAAGAUAUAGUACCUAUAAUAGAACGUGGCCGAGCUUAUAAUCUACACAUAAGGAACAAAGUACGACACCAAUGGCACCCUAGUGUCUUACCUACAAUAAAAGCUCAUAAAAAACUUUUGUUACGCCUUCUUAUAUGCGCCAAACAAAAAACUGAUAAUAAACUGCAUGUACUUGUAUCUGAAAAAACUGAAGCACAUUUACCAAUGUGCGAAAUCAAUCACAAUCGGAACUUGCACUCGACACUACGCAAAUUCAUGACUGAAAUAUUUGGUGCCGACGUAGCUGCCCACAAGCCUCAUGGUGUGUUAAGUAUCGAACACUGUGGAAAACCAGAAGGUACAAAUGACGGGUUUUGUGUGUCAUUAUUAAUUACAUUUCAAUCACCUUUAGAGGAUGUUUUCCCUAUAAGUAAAUAUAACUGGACAGCGGUAUCCUCAGAUUGUGCAAACUCGAUUAAAUCGAGAACUGGCCGCAACAUGACCGUCCCUUUAAAAGUAAUAUGCUAGAUAAACGUCUUAAAUUAUGCCAUGAACUAUUAUUAUUAUUAUUAUACAAUUGCGCUCAACAUCACAGAUGAUGCUUUGUUAUUAUUAUUUUUUAUAUUACGAUAAUUAUUUUAGUAUUGUUAUACUAGUAAAAUAUUUUAUAUUAGAACAAAUACAACAUUUUUAUAAUAAAAACAUAUUUUUAUUAUUUGUGUUUUAAAAUAUACAUAAAAUACUUAUUAUUACAAA